GAAAGAAGGAAAACUGAAACCAUGCAACCCAGAGAUAGUAUAUAAGAGUGGCAGACUAGAAACAGGCGUCAAUUGUGCUCGGGGAAGAGUGGAGAUACUAACCAUGAUAUCUAUCGUCAUUUUAAGCUUACUGGGUGUGUGCAUUGGAUCACCUUUAGCACAGCAGGCGUAUGAAACUCCUCUUUACAGAGAACCUCCCCAGAAUUUCCAAGAAAGAGAGAGAUAUCCUUCACCGCAGGCCAAUCAAUACAGGGCUGACCCACCAAAGCACCAAAACCGAUAUGAAAAGGAACCUCAGUACGAUGAAGAUGAGGAACAAAAUCUAAAUACUAUUCCAGGUGAACCUGGCAAAGAUUAUCCUGUUCAUGCCUUCAUCCCCAACACCGGGUUCUCAUGCAGUGACCGUUUGCCAGGAUUUUAUGCUGACGACACCGCUCAUUGCCAGGUAUGGCAUUACUGCAAGACAGAUGGGUUGAUGGAGUCCUUCCUCUGCCCCAAUGGAACAAUCUACAACCAGGAAAAUCGCGUUUGCGAGUGGUGGUUCAACGUGAAUUGUGACAAAGCUACCAUAGCUGCACAAGCGAAGGUAAAUGAAGACCUUUACAUCGUUCCUCCACCAUACAAAGGAGAUUUGGAGUAUGAAGUUCCACAGAAAUACUCCGGCCAGGUUGCCCAACGCAGGUACCGCCAAGAGCCCGAGUACCAGGAAGGGGAGGUAGAUAACUAUCCACAGUAUGAAGAACAGCCAAGAUAUUAAUGGCUGAUGAAUUCCGUAAUAUUAAACAUUGUUAUUAGUCUUCAUUGUUAAUAUAGAUUAGUUUGUUAUAUACAGUACCUCAAAAUAUUGUAUUUCUAUAUGGCUAAAAACAUUUAGAAUUUACUGCCUUAUGAUGCAGCAAUAACAUUCACCUGUAAGCUCCUCAUUUAUACAUGUAGAUAAAGCUUUGUACCGUAUUUACAAUUUAUUGUUUGUUGUAACAUUUAUCAUAAAUGUUAAAUAUAUAAAACUGUUCUAAA